AUGCUGCGUCAGGUGCUUCACAGGUUUGGUCAAAGGCUGGCACGCCGACGUCCGCUGGAGAAAAGAGUGCGUGAAUUUAGAUCUGGCAUAAAACUGAACACUCUGGAUUUAGUGGUCCUGGGUGUGGGCCGCACAGUGAGUGUAGGUGUGUACUUCCUGGCUAAUGAGGUGGCCAGUAACCAAGCAGGACCAUCCAUUGUGAUCUGCUUUUUGGUGGCAGGUCUAACAUCACUGUUGGCUGGGCUGUGCUAUGCGGAGUUUAGUGCCCGGGUCCCCCAUUCUGGCUCGGCAUAUCUCUACAUCUACGUCACUGUGGGUGAACUCUGGGCUUUCAUCACUGGCUGGAACCUCAUCCUCUCCUUUGCUGUUGGUGCAUUUGUUAUGAUCCAGGCCUGGAUCUUAACUAUUAACAUCUUCAUUGAAAACCGGAUCUCUGACACCCAGCGUGAGACCAUCUCACAGUAUGUUCCCCAAGUCAUUGCAGACAAUCUAGGCUACUUUUUUGUCAUCUUUAUUAUUUUCAGCAUGGAACUGAGGUUUAUGGGUCGGGGUGGCUUUGUCAGAGUUUUUGAAGUGCUUACAUUGGUGAAGCUUUUGGUUCUCAGCUUUUUCAUCAUCUCUGGCUUCAUUAAGGGGGACCUGCACAACUGGAAGCUCACAGAAGAGGACUACAUACAGGCUGGACUCAAUGACACCUCUAGCUUGCGCCCUCUGGGCUCUGGAGGAUUCAUGCCUUUUGGCUUCCAGGGGAUUCUCCGUGGAUCAGCUACCUGUUUCUAUGCAUUCAUAGGUUUCAGCGUUAUUGUUACCAGAGUCAAAGAAUCCCACAAUCCCCAGCGUUCCAUCCCCAAAGGCAUUGUGAUUUCACUGCUCAUCUGCUUUUUUGUGUAUUUUGGUGUUUCUGCCGCGCUUACGCUCAUGGUUCCUUACUACCAGCUUCAACCUGGGAGCACCUUGCCUGAGGCAUUUCUCCAUGUUGGCUGGGUCCCUGCCUACUAUGUUGUCACUUUUGCAAUUUUCUGCAGUCUUUUUGUCAGCACCUACUGGAGCAUUAUGUUACCUAUACGUCGGGUGGUAGAAAUGAUGGCAAAGGAUGGUCUCCUGUUCCCAGUCCUUUCCAGGUUUGCUUUUGGUACAUAUGGCCGUAUCUUGUGCACCCUGAUCUUUGGUAUUAUCACAGCAGUCAUGGUAUUCUUCUUUAGAAUCACUGAUCUUCUGGACCUGAGGUCAGUUGGGACCCUGAUAUCUUAUUCCUUGGUAGCUUUUUGUGUUCUCUUCAUCAGGUAUCAGCCUGAAAGGAGGAAGGAGGAAAGUGAAAAAAAGCUGCAGGAAGAGAAUGGGGGAAAUGAAGUGCAGAUGCAGGAGGAGACCCCACCUGCAGCAGGGAAGCUGACUCUACAAGGAUUAUUUUUUCCAGGCAGCCCCACCCCCACUCCACUCUCUGGACGGGUUGUCUAUGUUUGCUCCUCACUGCUUGUUCUGCUGCUGACUGUCCUCUGCCUGGUGCUGGCCCACUGGCCAGGUCUGCUUUCUGGAGACCCAGGGCCAAUUACAGUGGUUGUGCUGCUCCUGGUGGUCAUCACUGGGAUCACUGGAGUCAUCUGGAGACAGCCACAGAGCUCCUCUCCCCUUCCCUUUAAGGUCCCUGCUCUGCCUCUCCUCCCGCUCCUGAGCAUCUUUGUGAAUGUUUGCCUUAUGAUGCAGAUAUCGGCUGGCACCUGGCUGAAAUUUGGUGUCUGGAUGCUGAUUGGGUUUGCUAUCUACUUCACCUAUGCGAUCCAGCAAAGCCUGGUAGCUUAACCCUGCUUAUGGACCCAAGUCUAGACCUUGAACUCAGCAGUACCAGUACGUAUUUGGCUUGACAUCAUCACAUGUGAAUGUCUGAUCCCCUAGACAAUAAUGGAGAGUACUCCUGAGCACAUGGAAAUAUGGGCUCCUAUGAGAUAUUGGUGUGGGAACACUAAUGGAGCUUCAUAUUUAUGGUACAAUGAAGGAUGUGUCUUUGCUCCUCCAUCCCCCUUUUAUUUUACUAUGUACUCUUCACUUGUGUCUGUAGCUGUUUACUGACUUUUACAGAAUUCAUAUUAGAAGACCUUGAUAAAAAAUGUUUUUCUUUUGGGGUGCCUGGGUGAUUCAGUGGGUUGAGCCUCUGCCUCUGGCUUGGAUCAUGGUCUCAGGGUCCUGAAAUCGAGCCCCACAUUGGGCUCUCUUCUCAGCAGGGAGCCUGCUUCCCCCUUUCUGUCUGCCUGCCUCUCUGCGUACUUGUGAUCUUUCUCUCUCUCUCUCAAAUAAAUAAAUAAAAUCUUUAAAAAAAUGUUUUUCUCUUCUUUAGUUAAACAUUCACUAAUGAAGGAGAUGCCUUGUUGCAGAGUCAAUAGACCAUGACUCUUGCUCUCAGGCUGAUGAGUUUGAGCCCCACAUUGAAUGUAGAGAUUACUUAAGAAUAUAUCCAGUAGCAGAAUUACUGGAUCAUGUGGUAGUGCUGUUUUAAACUUCUGAGGAUCUUCCACACUGUCUUCCAUAAGGCCUGAACCAAUUGACAUUCCCACCAACAGUGCAUGAAGAUUCGUUUUUCUCCAUAUCUUUGGCAACUCUUGUUUUCUUGUCUUUUUGAUUUUAGCCCUCAUGACAGGUGUGAAGUGACAUCUGAUUGCAUUACUUAAAGGAGUUUAAUAUAUUUAAAUUUUUUAUGUUCAGGUAGCCAACAAAUAGUAAUCAUUUUUAUUUCCCUGAUAAUGAGUAACACUAAGCAUCUUUUCAUGUGCCUUUUGACCAUCUGUAUGUCUUCUUUGGAAGAAUAUCUAUUCAGGUCCUCUGCCCAUUUUUUAAUCAUUUUGUUUUUGUUUUUGUUUUUUUUUGGUAUUGGCUUGUAGAAUUUCUGUUUGUAUUUUUAGUAUUAUCCCCUUAUUGAUAUAUUAUUUGCAAAUAUCUUCUUCUAUGCUGUAGGUUGCCUUUUUGUUAUUGAUGGUUUCCUUUUGGUACAAAAGUGGUUUUGUAUCAUGAAUUUGAAAAGAUAUAUGCACCUCUAUGUUUAUUGCAGCAUUAUUUACAAUAGGCAGGAUAUGGAAGGAACAGAAGUGGGCAUCAGUAGAAGAAUGAAUAAAGAGGAUGUGGUCUAUAUGUACAUCCAAUGGACUACUUCUCAGCCAUAAAGAAGAAUGAAAUCUUACCAUUUGUAACAACAUGGAUGAACUGGGUGGGUAUAAUUCUAAUUUAAAUAUGUCAGUCUGAGAAAAACAAAUGCCAUGUUUUCUGUCUUAUGGAGAAUUAAAGAAACAAAAAAAAAUCAAAAUGGAAAAAGAAAAAAGAGAGACAAAUGCAAUACCAAAAUAAAUAAAUAAAUAAACAAAAAACACAACACCAUAGACCCCUAAAUAAAGGGAACAAACUUGUUGUUGCCAAAGGGAGAUGGGUAGGGGAGUGGGUGAUUUAAAUAAAGGGAAUUAAGAGUACAUUAAUCUUGAUGAGCCCUGAAAUCUUUGUGAAAUUG